GCCCAUGAUUGAAAUUAAGCCCAAUAAUAAAGACCCAGUCAAUAUACAAGCCUCAUUAAAGAGUGACGCUAUAUAUAUACGUCACAGGUCAAUUUGGCUGCGUUGUCCAUAAAACUAUGCUAGCAACUCCGACUAGAUUCGUUGCGUUAAGAAACCCAUUCCGAUCUUCUAAUAAGAUUCCGAUCUUCAUUUCUCCCUUUCCCAAAGGCUUUCCGCAGAAACCAGUGACCGGAGUUUCACGAAAUACUCGAUUUGUAUCUGCGAUGUCGACCCCUGCCGCCGCCUCCGUUAACGCCGUCACCAACUCCUGCAGAGGAUCAAUCACUCACGUCAUAUUCGACAUGGAUGGUCUCCUUCUAGACACUGAGAAGUUUUACACGGAGGUGCAGGAGAAGAUACUUGCUAGGUACAACAAAACAUUCGACUGGUCUUUGAAAGCGAAGAUGAUGGGAAGAAAAGCGAUAGAAGCCGCCACGCUUUUCGUUGAAGAAUGUGGGAUUAGUGACUCGCUUUCACCUCAAGAGUUCAUCGUAGAGAGAGAGUCAAUGUUGCAAGACCUCUUCCCCACAAGUGACCUAAUGCCUGGAGCUAGCCGACUUCUCAGACAUCUCCAUGGCAAAGGCAUUCCCAUUUGUGUCGCCACGGGUACACACACGCGGCAUUUCGAUCUAAAAACACAAAGACACCGUGAGCUUUUCUCGUUGAUGCAUCACAUAGUGCGGGGAGAUGAUCCAGAGGUGAAGCAAGGGAAGCCCGCUCCAGACGGCUUUCUCGCUGCAGCUAGGAGAUUUGAGGAUGGUCCUGUAGAUCCACGGAAGGCUCUGGUGUUUGAAGAUGCUCCUUCCGGAGUCAUGGCUGCUAAAAACGCUGGAAUAUCUAGCCUCUCUGCUAGAUUUCAAGCCAGAGGAAUGGGGCUUACCUCCCUUCGAGGAUUAAAAAAACUUAAGACCACGAAGCUUCAGGGCAACCUACGAAUCCUCUCCGGAAUCACGAUGUCGGACACCGAGACGUUUGCCUUCCAGGCUGAGAUCAACCAGCUUCUCUCCCUUAUCAUCAAUACCUUCUACAGCAACAAGGAGAUCUUCCUUCGUGAGCUCAUCAGUAACUCUUCCGAUGCAUUGGACAAGAUUAGAUUCGAGUCUUUGACUGACAAGAGCAAGCUCGAUGGUCAGCCAGAACUCUUCAUUCACAUCAUCCCGGAUAAGAGCAACAACACCUUGACCAUCAUCGACAGUGGUAUUGGGAUGACCAAGGCUGAUUUGGUCAACAACCUGGGUACAAUUGCCAGGUCUGGCACCAAGGAGUUCAUGGAGGCGUUGGCUGCUGGUGCCGAUGUCAGCAUGAUUGGACAGUUUGGUGUGGGUUUCUACUCUGCUUACUUGGUUGCCGAGAAGGUUGUUGUCGUCACCAAGCACAACGAUGACGAGCAGUAUGUGUGGGAGUCCCAGGCUGGAGGAUCCUUCACUGUGACCAGGGACACUUCUGGCGAGGUCCUUGGCAGGGGUACUAAGAUGACCCUUUACCUCAAGGAAGACCAGUUGGAGUACCUUGAAGAGCGCCGUCUUAAGGAUUUGGUGAAGAAGCACUCUGAGUUCAUCAGCUACCCGAUCUCUCUUUGGUAUGGCUGGACCGCAAACAUGGAGAGGAUCAUGAAGGCACAGGCCUUGAGAGAUAGCAGCAUGGGUGGGUACAUGUCUAGCAAGAAGACGAUGGAGAUCAACCCAGAAAACUCGAUCAUGGAUGAGUUGAGGAAGAGAGCUGAUGCAGACAAGAACGACAAGUCUGUCAAGGAUCUUGUCCUCCUCCUCUUCGAGACUGCUCUUCUCACCUCUGGUUUCAGCCUUGAUGAGCCCAACACCUUCGGAAACAGAAUCCACAGGAUGCUUAAACUCGGACUGAGCAUUGACGAGGAUGCAGAGGUCGAAGCCGAUGCUGACAUGCCACCGCUUGAGGAUGACGCCGAGGCUGAAGGAAGCAAGAUGGAAGAAGUCGAC